UGAUGUCACUCUCUUUGUAAUUUCCGUUUGAUAUUUCCCCCUGCAAUUAGCCAAUUGCUUUCGAAUAAUCAUUUCUUGCUAAUUCAAAGCUGUAGAGGGAGAAGAGGGAAGAAGGAAGAGGAAUCAAUUCUCUUUCUGUUGGAAUUUUCCAAAUUAUGUUAGUUCAAAGAAGAGUGAUAACGAGUUGGAGGAGAGUGGCCAAGUCUUUGCAGGCCCUUGUAGCCCAUAGCCUGCUUUUCUUGUUCACGCUUUUGCUUGCUCUCAAGCUUGACCGUGCAGUGUCUUUCUCGUGGUGGAUAAUUUUUGCACCUCUAUGGCUAUUUCAUUCAGUGGUAGCACGUGGCCGGUUUUCCUUACCUGCUCCAUCAAUGCCCAAUAAUCGCCAUUGGGCACCAUGUCAUGCUGUGUUGGCAACUCCAUUGCUCAUUGCUUUUGAACUACUCCUUUGCAUACGUCUAGAGAGAAGUUACGUUGUCAACUUGAAGAUUGUUUUUCUUCCAUUGCUGGCUUUUCAAAUAUCAGUCUUGAUUGAUAAUAUAAGGAUGUGUAGAGCUUUAAUGCCUGGAGAUGAAGAAAGCAUGAGUGAUGAAGCAAUAUGGGAGACUCUUCCUCACUUCUGGGUUGCAAUAUCUAUGGUCUUCUUCAUUGCUGCAACGAUAUUCACUCUUCUCAAGCUAUGUGGUGAUGUGGCAGCUCUUGGAUGGUGGGACUUGUUUAUAAAUUAUGGAAUUGCAGAGUGCUUUGCCUUCCUUGUUUGUACACAGUGGUAUAAUCCAGCAAUUCAUAGGCAUUCUCAUAUUGGAGAAUCUGGUUCUUCAGUGAUUUUCAGAUAUACUGACUGGAAUAGAGGCUUGGUAGUUUCUUCAGAUGAAGACAGACAUCAGAAUGGCAGAAUUUGCAACCUGCAGGACAUUGGCGGACAUUUUAUGAAAAUUCCUUUUGUUGGUUUUCAGAUCAUGCUUUUUAUGUACUUGGAGGGUACACCCCCUCGUGCUAAAUACAUCCCAUUUCCAGUUCUUUUUGCUCCGCUUUUCUUGGUGCAAGGAGCUGGGGUUUUGUUUGCUGCGUAUAGAUUAGUGGAGAAAAUUGUUAUUUUACUACGUGGCGGAGCAACUUCUAAUAGAUACUUCACCAUUGUAUCAAAAGCUCGUGAUUUUCUUGGAUUUUUGCACCAUGGAUCAAGAUUACUGGGUUGGUGGUCAAUAGAUGAAGGAAGUAGAGAGGAGCUGGCCAGACUAUAUUAUGCUGGAGAUUCCGGCUACAACACAUUCUCACCGGAUGCUGUGAAUAGGAUGCCUAAAUCUGAACUUGUUGAGGAGAUUUGGAGGCUGCAAGCUGCAUUAGGUGAGCAAACAGAAGUCACAAAGUAUAGCCAGCAGGAGUGUGAAAGACUUCAAAAUGAAAAAAUCCUAUGCAGAGUUUGCUUUGAGGAACAAAUUAAUGUAGUGCUGCUUCCAUGCAGGCAUCACGUCCUAUGCAGAACUUGCUGUGAGAAGUGUAAAAAAUGCCCAAUCUGCCGUGUCGCGAUUGAAGAGCGAUUAGCUGUAUAUGAUGUCUAGCUCCACUGCUUCUGUACAUCCACAAGAUGGCUGGAAAGCUUCCUUGCUGCUCCUGGUUUUAGAAGAAGCAUGCAAAGAGAAGAUGGCAAUUUGGGUGGAGCUGGGGACGUGAGGUUGGACUUGGUAGCUCUUUGCAAACCACUUUCUGUUUUUCCAAAAUAUCAAUUUGUAAAAAUGUCCUCAAAUGUAAUCAUUAGCACUUCACAUUGUUCUUCUUAUAUAAAACUCAUUAAAUUUAGAAUA